AUGACCCUCAAUAACCUGCGAGAGCUCGCCCACUGGAAGAAUACGAAAAAGCAGAGCAACUCGGUUAAGGGAAAGCGCCGAGAUGAUGGGCUUUCUGCUGCUGCCCGCAAGCAGAGGUGCCCCAUCAUCUCUACCCCCAGGGACUCGGAGAUCAUGCAGCAGAAGCAGAAAAAGGCAAACGAGAAGAAGGAGGAACCCAAGUAGCUUUGUGGCUUCGUGUCCAACCCUCUUGCCUUUCGCCUGUGUGCCUGGAGCCAGUCCCACCACGCUCGCGUUUCCUCCUGUAGUGCUCACAGGUCCCAGCAUCGAUGGCAUUCCCUUUGCCCUGAGUCUGCAGCGGGUC